UAUAGCGAAAAAUCGAUAAAGUACAACAAAUUUAAAAAGAGGAAAGAGAACAAGAAACAGAAACUUCAAUUUCUCACCCUUAACGGUUGUUACGUGAAACGGAAGUGUGCAUCUACCUACACGUUCAUCUCUAUCUAUCUAUCUAUCUUUCCUUCUAUAUGUACAUAAUAUAAAUAUAUAUAUAUAAACUGAAUUAUACAGAAUUUUGUAUCAAGUGCGAGAAUUGAUAUUGUUUUGAGCAAAAGUGAUUUACACGUAAACGAUAAUACAAAAUAUUGAAGAACAUUAAAGACUGAAAGAAGCAUAACUGUGAAAAAGAGAAACCACUACAAACAAAUAAAUUUUGAUCUCAUUAAAGAAUAAAUAUAAAAACAAAAGAUAUUAAAAAAAAAAAAAUAAAUAAAUAAAUAAAAACAAUAAGUAUUAACCAGGGUUUCACUCUAAACCGCUUUGCGAAAGUGAUAUAAAGCGUCCAUUCAACGGUAAGGAGUAAAGCUAAAAGCUUAGCGUCGUCUAAGGUCUUGAAAAACGUUUGUAUCGCCCGUAUAAUGUUUAGUAGUCUUGCAACGUUUCUCUUUGGAUCGAAUACGUCUGCAACAACGUCUAGUGAUACGAAUCAAUUAGCGACUGCUAAUAAAAGUGUUGGCAACUUAAGGCAAACGAUUGACGAGUGUGCGAUUGGUUUAAGUGAUGCAGCUAAUACUAUAGAAGUGACAUCGUUGACACCUUCGGUUACGGGUGCCGUAGGUACGGCAAAUGCGAUUGUCAGUAAACGUGGCAGAAAUAAACGCAAUAAACAAACUAAUAAGCGCAAAGGUGAAAAUAAAAAUCCGAAAAUCGGUACGGCCACACCAAUUAUAACGAAACAGUUAACACCAAACGAUAGUUGCGACGAAGAUUUUGACGAAAACGAAUGGUUUAUUGUUGAGAAAGGAAGUGAGAACGAAAAAGCGGAUGAGACUUCGCUUCCUGGUAGCGAUUCCGAAGGAGAUAACUCUACGUCGAUUGAGGUUAUUAAGCCUAAGCCGUUGGCAACUUCAAACUCGUUGGUGCAGCAACGACGUGUUCAGCAUAUUAACUCCCAUUCCUUAUAUGGCGGACCACGUCCCCAGAAACAACGCAAUUAUUUGCAAAAAACACGCACGUCGAAUUGCCGCGCUAAUGGCUUAAGUGUCUCAACAUUAAGCUCUUCCCGUAAUGUUGGCGGUGGCUGUUAUGACCCCGCAUCUACAGCUGAUGGCUGCGUUAGCCGCUCGCUUUACGUGGUCGCCUCUCAGCCUGAGACGGCCAAUGCGGCAGCUAAUAGCGGCUAUGGUACUGAUAUGAAAAUGGACGAGUCUUGGUUUGUAACACCACCACCAUGUUUCACUUCUAUUGGUCCCAUUAACAUGGAGACGUCACCUUUUGAGAAUCUCUUAAUUGAGCAUCCAAGCAUGUCAGUUUAUCAUAGCAUUAGGUCGGCUGAAAAGCAUAUGGAAAGUUUUUUGAAACUUAACACCAAGGAUACGAAAGGCUCUCAAAAACGAGCAAGACAAACUCCAGAAGAAGCUCCAAGGGCCGUACAAUCGAGAGUGAAUACCUCGCGACUUGAUCGUCAAAGUGCUGCGCAAUUGAAACAAGAAUUUUUAGAGCGUCAAGUGCAAAAGAAUUACAAUAAGAAGGAACGCCGUGAAUUGUGUCGUGGUGCUAUUGAACGCUCCAAUAAGAUACGCGACUUUCAUGCCACCAAGCAUCCACAACGUCGCUCUGAUAGGCAGCAUUGCAAGAUCAUAAGCGGUGCUAACAAUAACCGCAAAAGCUGCUCCAGCAAAUAUUAAACUAAUAGCUAAUAAUUCGAAGCAAUCGACCGAAAUAAUUGGAAUGGGAACAAGAAAACAUUGUGAAUUAAAAAGAAAAAGAUACAAAAAAAAAAA